AUGGGUUUUGGUCAAAACAUGAAUCCUUGCUGUGGUCCUCCAGCUCCAGUUUGUCCUCCUCCUGUUCAAAUGUGUCCUCCUCCUGUUCCAAUGUGCCCUCCUCCUGUCCCAAUGUGUCCUCCUCCUGUUCAAAUGUGCCCUCCAGCUCCAGUUUAUCUCCCUCCUGUUCCAAUGUGUCCUCCACCACAACCAGUAUAUGUUCCAGUUUGUCCCCCUCCUGUUCCAGUUUGUCCCCCUCCGGUUCCAGUUUGUCCUCCACCACAACCAGUAUAUGUCCCAGUUUGCUGCUGUGUUGAACAAAUCUGCUGCGAUCCUUGUUUAGGACCACGUCGUGUUACUCAAGUUAUUCAAACGAUGGUUCGAGUACAAUAA